CCUGACGCGAUCUCUUUUUUUCACCGUCUAAUUACAGGUUUUAAUAUCCCAGCGAAAGCUCGAGCACGUACCUUUACCGUUACUCAGGUGGGGAAAAGGGACGCUUUUAAUACAGCAGCUUCCUCGCGAGGAACUAUCUGUCUGGGAUUAUACAAAAUAACCAAAUUAUGGCCUGAUACUUGAUUUUCCGUGCAGCUCAAGACAAGAGUAGGAGAGCCCCGGCAAAGAAGAUACAUUGCGAUAUAUCAGCAAGUCUUCCAGCUGCUGCAAAAUCCACGGCUAACAUAAACGCGCGAGCGCCUUUUCCGGGCUCGUGACAGCGGCUAUAGUGGAGCGGGACGUCGGAACGAGGGCAGCCGGUGGUGGUGGAGCGGUGGUGUCGGUUAACAUACCCGGGUUGGUGGACGACAGCAUGGCAGCGGGAAAGGGAGCUGGGAAACCCGCCUCGCUGUGGGACAAUAUGAGGUUACGGUUCAUCGUUUGCUUCCUUGGAGUCUUCGUGUGCUACUUUUAUUACGGAAUAUUGCAGGAGACAAUAACCCGAGGUGAUUACGGUCAGGAGAAGUUCACAUUCGCCCGAACGCUGGUCUUCAUCCAGUGCAUCAUCAAUUGUUUCUUUGCAAAGAUCUUGAUCCAGUUUUUUGAGGGCUCCAAGCCAGAUCAUACCAAGAGCUGGCUCUAUGGCAUGUGCUCCUUAUCUUAUCUUGGAGCCAUGGUGUCCAGUAAUUCUGCCCUUCAGUAUGUCAACUACCCCACGCAGGUUUUGGGGAAAUCCUGCAAGCCCAUACCAGUUAUGAUCCUCGGUGUGACAAUACUGAGGAAGAGGUACCCACUGGCUAAAUACCUGUGUGUGUUGCUGAUUGUGAGCGGUGUUGCUCUGUUCCUCUAUAAACCCAACAAGAGCUCCGUCGUUGCUGAUGACCAUAUUUUUGGCUUUGGAGAGAUUCUGCUGUUGGUCUCUCUGACAUUGGACGGCUUGACUGGUGUGGCCCAGGACCACAUGAGGGCUCGCUUCCAGACGGGUGCCAACCACAUGAUGCUGAACAUCAACAUGUGGUCCUGUCUGGUGCUGGGACUAGUGGUGUUGUGGACAGGUGAAGUGUGGGACUUCCUGAGUUUUGCAGAGCGCCAUCCCAGGAUUUUUUAUAAUAUUCUUCUGUUUGGACUCACCAGUGCUUUAGGCCAGACCUUCAUCUUUAUGACAGUUGUGUACUUUGGGCCUCUAACCUGCUCCAUUGUCACAACUACGAGGAAGUUCUUCACCAUCCUUGGCUCUGUUAUUUUGUUUGGUAAUGUCAUUAAUACAAUGCAGUGGGUCGGCACUAUUCUCGUGUUUCUUGGUCUCGGGUUAGAUGCUAAAUUUGGAAAAGCCCCCAAGAAGACAACACACUGAAACAUCUGGAGCACAUGAGAGAGAGAAACAGCAAUGAAAACACUAUAGCCAGUAUCUUAUUUUCAUAAGACAUCAUGUACAGGCAUACUGUAUGUGCCUAUGACUUGUUGAAGUAUGGUUAGAUAUUACUGUAUUUAAAAGAGUCAUCGUAGGUUUCAACUCCAGCUUCUGUUGUGUACUGUGGAUAUACUGAAGAGACAUCAAUCGGGAUCAAGUUCAGCAUGAGCUGUGAUACAACUUAUAAUCCUUUUGUGGAAGAAUUUGAACUGGCUGAAAUGCACAGGUGUAAAAAAAAAUAUAUAUAUAUAUAUAUUUAGACAAAUCCUUAUUGUUUCUGAAACCAGCUCACCUGCCUUGGAUGGAUGUUGAACCAAACAAGGCCUUGGAAAUACAUUUCCAGCAUUUAACCCGUGAAAUUACACCAAAUGGUUUACAAAUAGAUGCUUGAAUGUGUUUUAGUUUGUUUCGGAGAAAACAGUUAGCCAUGUCGUUUAUAAAAAUGUAAACAGUUGUAUGUAGCCUGUUGUCUUAUGUCCAGUCUUAUUAUUGAAUUGUAUUUGCUUUUAUUUUCUAAAGUUGAAAAUAACUUGCCAUAAAAGGGAAAUUGUUA